AUGAAGACUAUUGGAAUCUGCAUUCCGACCAUCGAGGGGGGUGUGGUGUGUCACCAGGAGAUUGGUCGUGAAGCCAUGAGGCGAGGCAUUGCCUACCCGCCCAUCGUCACCCAUACCUCGCCAUUUGAGGGAAUCAACCAAGCUGUUAAAUCCGGUAAUUUCGACUCAUUAGCGGAAAUCCUCGGUGAAUCAAUCAAUCGGACGGCUCAAGCGGGUGCGGAAUUUGCCAUCAUACCCUCAAACACCCCGCACAUAGUAUUCGAUGAAACGGCAAAGCACUCGACGAUCCCUGUCCUCAGCAUCCUAAAUGUCACGGCGAGUCAUUGCGAGAAGCAUGGCUACAAGCGUGUUGGCAUAAUGGGGACAACACCCACAGUGAGAAUGGGUCUCUAUGAUGCCUCACUAGCGAAAAGGGGGAUUGCACCGGUCUAUACAUCUGAGUGGGAACAGGACCGGGUCAACGAUAUCAUUCACACAGAAUUGGUUCGUGGUAUCUUCCUAAACGAGACGCGCAAUGAGCUGGUGGGCAUUGCAAAACGGCUGGCUCCGAACUGCGACGCGAUCAUUCUCGGAUGUACGGAGCUACCGCUCAUUCUCGACGAGGAGAACUGUGGAAUUAAAGUUGUGGACACAACAAGAAAUCUGGCCCAUGCCGCGUUGGAUUUUGCAAUCAAGGAAUAG